AUGAUUUCGAACAGACUAGCAACGCUUGCUUCGCUUACAUCAUGCGUCGCAUUAUCGCAAGCCGCCAGUCCGUGGCCAAUAACUUUUAGUUCUAAUGAGACGGUUGGGCCCGACGGGCCGUGGAACGUAAUCACAUUCAACAUCGAUUUCCCAGACCAGACACAAUGGUUCCUCCCCUCGCUCCUCGAAACCUCCGUCAUCGUCAACGCCAGCGCCUGCACCUCGCAGCAAUCCAACUGCCAAUCGCCGGCGACGGGCAUGUGGAAGGGCAGCGGCGCGCAAUUGCUGCGCGCCGCCAUGAACAGCGCGACCUUCGGGCCCGACGCGUGGAACGACGAAGCCGGGAUAUACACGACGGCCGUCAUGGGCCUCGAGGGGACGCUGCGCUACGUGUCGGACCGCUUCACGCUGAGUGCUGACGGCGACACCGAGUACCUGAACAUGGUCGCGACGGCCGUGGCGGACAACGUGUCGGUGACGUAUCCGGGCGGGCAGGCGUACACGCUGGAUGUUGGAUACUUGUCGCUGUACGGCGGCGCGGCCACGUUCAACUGGACGGCGGCCGACGGCGAGACGGCCGUGUCGCAGAACCUGACGCUGCCGCGCGCGUAUAAUCAGAGUGCCAUCCCGAGCAUCAGCUACGGCCUGCACGUGGGGUCCGCGGCGCACGGCGUGCCGGGAAGCUUGUACUGGGGCGGCUACGACCAGGCGCGCGUCAUCGGGGACCCCGUGUCCGCGGCCGCGGACAACGGCUUCUUCUCGCUGGUCGACGUGUCGUUGGGCGUGGAAUCGGGUGAAAGCGCCUUGCUGAACACCACCUCGUCCUCGGUGACCGGCCUCCUCGACACAAGCACGGCCACCUCCCUCACCACCCGCGCCGACCCGGGCGUCCCGUACCUCUACCUCCCCGGCUCCACCUGCGCCUCCAUCGCCGCGCACCUUCCGGUCAACUACGACGCCGACUACGGGCUGUACAUCUGGGACACCACCGCAGAUUCGUACGAACAACUAGUCACCUCUCCGCACCACCUCUCCUUCACCUUCGCGUCCAACACCACCAUCGCCGUGCCCCUCGCCCUCCUCAACCUCACCCUCAGCUCCCGCGUCACCGACUCCGCCGGCGGCUCGACGUACUUUCCCUGCCGACCCUACACAGCUACUUCAUCCAGCGACCAGCAGCCCGAAGCCAUCCUCGGCCGCGCCUUCCUGCAGGCGGCGUUCCUGGGUCAGAACUGGCAGAGCGGCGCGACGUGGUUGGCGCAGGCGCCGGGCCCGGCGGGCAUAAACGGUAACGGUGUGGCUGAGGAAGUGGUGGUGAAGACUAUCGAGGAGGCCGAUACGGAGCUGACGCGGACGACGGGCGCGCCUGGGUGGGCGGAGACGUGGAAGGGCGUGUUGAACGCGCUGGAGGAGGGGGAGGGCGGGUCGACGACGACGGAUACGGGAAGUGAUGAUAGUGAGAGCGUGGAAGAGGGCUUGUCUGCGGGCGCGAAGGCGGGGGUGGGCGUUGGCGCGGCGGUCGUGGUUGUGGGUGUUGUGGUGGGUGUGGUGUGGUGGUUGCGGAGGGGAAAGAAGGACAAUAAGACUGCGGGCGGCGCGGCCAUGGCGGCGGAGAUGGGAUCGGGUCCGGAGCAACAGCACCUACAACAGCAGCAGCCGCUGUGGGGAACGCAAAGCGGGGAGCUGGCGGGGAGAGAGGUCGUGGAGAUGGCUGGGGGCCACAAGUGGCCAGGGGAAUUGGAGAGCUACCAUCAUGCAAGCGAGCUGGACGCAGGGCACCCGGGGACAGGCAGGCCAGCGUAA